CCUCUGCUGCUACCCGCCCUCGACACCCCCAAGUGCACCCUAAUGCUGUGGGCCAUGAGGGACAUUGUGAGGAAGUGGAGGCCCCACUCCCUGGCAGAGAGCAGGGGAUUCAGGGAGGAGAGCCUGGUGCUCACCAAAAUGCCAACCAUUUCCUUUGUGCGGAUGGGGAGCUGCAACUUCUCCAAGUCCAAACUUCUCAAUGAGAUUCUCAGCCCCUCCCAGCAGCACCACGAUUUCUUCAUCCAUCGGGACAUGGAGUCUGGGAAUGUCCCUCGGGAAAUCGCAGAUGGGCUGGUCGAGAUUUCCUGGUAUUUCCCUAGUGGGACGGAGAAUUCAGACCUUUUCCCAAAGCCAGUUGCGGUUGCAAACCUGCAUGGAGACAUUGAGUCCCACUGGCUGCAGUUCAGCUUUUUAACAGAGAUCUCCUCAGCAGUGUUCAUAGUUACUGAGAGCAUCAGUGAGAGAGAAUACGCGCUGUUAUCAUCUCUGCAGGGAUCAGCUACUAAAUACUACUUCAUGGUUAAUAAUCAGGCUGUGACAUCCAAGGAAACACUGGCAUUCCUGAAAAAGUUGGCCCCAGUCCUGAAACUGAACAACUCAUGUGUGCUGCAGAAAGGAAGUGCCACAAAUGAGGCGGCUUAUGUAAAAGUUCUGCAGUCUGCAAUAGCAGCUGUAAUGAAGUCUUCUCCCAAGAGAGUGAGUAUAGAAGCCAUGGCUGAGACUGCACGUCAGUUAGGCAUCCAGGUAGAUGAGGAUAAUAAGAAAUGUCAGCAUGCCGGUGAAUAUGCCAAGGAAAUCACUGUACACAUAAAAGAUGUGGCAAAGUACAAGAGGGAAAAGCUGAGACUCCAAGGGGAGCCAUGGAAAAACUUGGCUGAAGUGGAAAAGGAGCUGUGCAGAAUGAGAAAUCAAGGGGACAUCCCUCUGGAGAAAUACAAGUCUCAACUGAAAAAGAAAUUAUUAGAGUUACGUGUCCAGCAGAAUAAACAUGACCUGACUGAUAGUUUGAGUAAAUUUAUUACUGGACUAGGCCGACUGCCUCCCAAGGAGAAACAUUACUUCCUGAAAUGGAUGAAGUUUGACCUGGAUCACAUUGCUCGGGAGAAUAUUUCUAAACUACGGGAUCAAUAUAAAGAGAAAUGCAAAAACUCAAAAGACGACCCCAAAAUGUUUCCAGAACACGAUAAACUAAUCUCUGCCAGUUCCUUAGGGGUGGAGCAUUUCAUGCGUGAGUUGGGGCAGUUCUAUGAGGCUGAAUGCUCCAUAGUUCAAGAAGGUAAAAUAGCAGAAAGCCAAAGACAAUUCGUCCAUCUCUCAGGCAUAGCAGCUGACCUGAUGCUGGAAGGGUUUCCCUUGGAGCUGAUCGAUGGAGAUGUGUCCAACAUCCCACUGCAGUGGGUGACAGAUGUUCUGACCCAGCUCCAUGCCAAGCUGGGGGGAAGGUCCAGAAUGCUGGUUCUAACAGUGCUGGGAGUGCAGAGCACUGGGAAAUCCACCCUCCUCAACACCAUGUUCGGCCUGCAGUUUGCAGUGAGCAGUGGCCGAUGUACGCGAGGAGCCUUCAUGUCACUCAUUAAAGUGGCAGAGAACUUUCAACAGGACCUGGGCUGUGAUUUCAUCCUGGUGAUAGACACAGAAGGCCUGAAAGCCCCUGAACUGGCCAAGCUGGAGGACAGUUAUGAACAUGACAAUGAGCUAGCCACACUGGUUGUUGGACUGAGUGACAUAACCAUCGUUAACAUGGCCAUGGAGAACGCCACCGAAAUGAAGGAUAUUCUGCAAAUUGUGGUCCAUGCAUUCCUCAGAAUGGAGGAAAUAGGGCAAAAAGCCAACUGCCAGUUUGUGCAUCAGAACGUCAGUGAUGUGUCUGCGCAUGAACAAAACAUGAGGGACAGGAAACACCUCCUGGAGCAGAUGGAUGAAAUGACCAAAGCUGCAGCAAAGAUGGAAAAGAAAGGCCGGGAGAUGACAUUUUCUGAUAUUAUGGAUUAUGAUCUGGAAAAACACAAUUGGUACAUUCCUGCUCUGUGGCAUGGAGUCCCGCCUAUGGCUCCAGUGAAUAUGGGAUACAGUGAAAAGGUUUAUGAAUUAAAGAAAUAUUUGUUUGAAUUUCUGAAAGGCUGUUCACAAAACAGAUCUCCCAAGGACAUCCCCCAAUUUCUUGAAUGGGUGAAGAGCCUGUGGAAUGCUGUAAAACAUGAGAACUUCAUCUUCAGCUUUAGAAACAGUCUCGUCGCUGAAGCCUAUAACCAGCUGUCUGUGAAGUAUGCAGAGUGGGAAUGGGGUUUCCGCAAGAUGAUGCACCUCUGGGUAUCUGAAAAGGAAACGUUCAUCCAAAAUCAGCCACCAGAUAAGCUAGACACAAGUGUUUUAACCAAACUAAAGAACGAGGCACAGGAGAAACUGAGACAAGAAGCAAAGAAGAUUUUGGAUCAUUUAAAACAAUAUUUUGAAAGUGGAGCAACAAAUCUGCACCUGAUAGAAAAGUACAAAGAGGAUUUUAGGAGAAGUGCAAAUGGUCUGAGGAAUGAACUGGAGAGUUAUUCAUUCAGCAAGUUGAAAGAAGCGAUUGAAAUUAGAAAAGGCCGACAUAAAACAGAUGCUGUCCUGUCACAGUACAAGAGAAAAAUUGAAGAGAAAGUUGACAGGCUUCUGAACCAUUGCAGGAAAAGCAAAUGCAAGCUAAAUAAUGAUGAACAGGAGAAAGAAUUUGAAACCAUGUGGAGAGAAACAUUGUCAGAAUUAUCACUCAUUCCUUUACAGAAACGCAUCAUAUAUAAAGAAAUGGAGUUACAUUUGAGAAGAGACCUAGAGAAUAAGGGGAGUGCAGCAUGGCGGAUGUUAGAGGGUGCGAGAAGCUUGCCUACUUAUAAAACACAAAAUUUCAAAAUGAAAAAUGAAUACUUAAAGUUCAAAAUAUCAGUGUCCGCUGUGAAAGAAUACUUUACACAGGAAUGCUGGCAUAAAACAGAGGCUCUUGCUACAUCCUUAAUAGAUGAGUGCAAUAGUUACACUGAAAAAAAGGCACAUUGUAAAGCAGAUUACGAUGAAACUUAUUGCAGAGAGUUGUUGCGGAUGAUUAACGAGCAGCUUCAGCAGGCUACUGUUCAAAACCUUCACAUCAGCACUUGCUUUGAAGUUGACCUGAAGCUUCACAUUUUGGGUGAUGCAGCUUGUGCAUUUCAGAAGAUGCAUGAAGAAUUCAUUACAGAAAAUGAUCCUCUGCAAUGUCUGGGGAAACUGGAACCUCAGUAUCUCUCCACGUUCAAAGCUCUGUUCUUAGAGAAGGAUGAGUGUCAAGACAGGGCCUGGAAUUUCUGUGAUCAGUGUCUCAGACCUGCCUUGGUAGACUAUAUGAACAAGAGACUCGGUACAGAAAUAGUGGAUAACGUUCUCAGCAGUGAACAGUCUGCUGAAUACAGCACCCGGAGCUUUUUCCAAUUAUUUGUUCUGAAGCAGCUGUUGAAAGAAAAUGACUUUAACAAUUAUUUGCAAUACACAAGGAAUUAUGUAUAUUUUAUCAAAACUCGGAUAUGGACACACUU